UUUGGUUGAUCCGGUUUAUUUCAAAAUUGACUGACCAUACCAUAUGGUUCACUCGUUGAUAAUUUACGUUUGGAAUCUUUCAUCUCGUCAUAUGUUGUAAUCAGGUCUUUUUUGUUUGGGGGAAUCCGAUUCAAACAAAGAAAAGAAAGGAAAAGAGUAAAAGUUGUAUGAGAAUCCCUGUCCACGUAUCUGCGUCAUCUUUUUUAUAGAUGUGUACCGUACACACGAAACACUGAAAUACAUGAAGCAUCUCAGAUUUGAGAUGGAUCGGCGCAACAAAGUUUUUUAUUUUUUUAUUUUUAUAAAGAACAAAAAGAAAUGAGUAGUAGUAGUAGCGAGUCAAAUGUCUGAGAGACGAAUAAAUUCCUUGUUUUCCCUUUUCAGCUUUUUUCUAAUUAUGUUUUCAAUACUUUUGUAAUUAAGUUUUUUUUGUUUGUUUGCCACAAAUCAUAAAAGCGACAGACCAAAAAAAGGAAAGAGAGUGAAGUGUGACUGUGUGAGCAGGUGAGAACCCAACCAAACUCCUCUGUCCAUCAAUAAAAACCUCAAAGUUGCAACCUUUUUUGUUUUUUUUUUGUCUUCUUCACCGCUCCUUGACCAACAGCCAUGCUCUGUAUCAAAGCCGAAGCUCUUCAUGAAGAUCAUAGUAAUACCAUUGCUGCUUCCUCUUCUUCUUCUCCUAGCACCGAUCGUAGCUCCGGGAAUGCCACUUUUCGUCUUCCUAUCAAUUGGGGAAGCUCGAUCCGGAGGUAUUUGAAGAAGACUGGUACAUUUUCAAGAAGAUCUUACUCCUCUGGAGAUGGGUCUUUGUAUUUUCCUGAUCUCGAUCAGGAAAGCAAGAUACUUGAUCAAAACAGUGGUAGAUUUGAAGGAAAGAGCAAACUAUGGUACAAAUGUGAGCUUGAACAAGAUGUUAAGAGACUGCAGCAGCAGUUACAAGAGGAGAUCAACUUACGGUUAGCUCUAACAAGUGUUGUUGAGCAUUCUAGUUCUCCCUUCAUGGAUUCCCCUUGCGAACUUCCAGAUGAGCAUUUACAGGCACAAGAGCUUUUGGACAGCUUAGCAGUACUGGAAAUCACGGUGUCAAAGCUUGAGCAAGAAUCAGUUUCCUUGAGAUAUCUACUUAGGCAAGAGAAAAACGAGCGGCGUCUCACUGAGAUUCUACAAAAGAAGUCUCACUGUUCUGCUCCCUCAAAGUUCACUAAUGCUCAAAAUUUCCCUAACAUGCUGGUGACAAGGAAAAGAGAGAGUAAACAAGUGGUUUCUGUGGAUAGUGAAGCUUUACAAGUAGAGUGAAGUAGCAAAUAGUGAUUAUGUGAUCUUAGGCACCGCCAUACAAUCUGAAGACAUAUGGCAAGUCCAUGAGCAAAAUCAUUCUCCACUGAGUGAAAGAGUUUUGUAAGUUUCUUCGUCCCUCUGGUGCUAGAAUAGCCUUUAGACUCACCAGGCUGGUCCCUGAGCAUCUCUUCAUCAAGAACUCUGAAAACCUUAGAAGAGAAUGCCUUUACUCAGCUCUAUUCUAUUAUUGCUAAACAAAUCUGGCGUUAUUCGAUAAGCUAACGUGGGGUAAGGCUGAUACCUGAUAGGAUGGUUGAUGCCCUGGCCUACAGUAGUAGCAAUGAAGAGGCUUGUAUUAAGUAGAAUGGAUUGUGGUAGCCUUAUUAUAAUCACUAACGGGGAUUGUUGGUUGUAUAAUUUUGAGUCGGUGUCUCCCUUGGAUUUAAAGUAAAGUAAGUAAGAUUUCUUCGUUCCUCCU